AACUCAGCAUGCGGAAUGAAUUACUCAAUGACAAUCCUUCCAUUUUUAGUUUUAAAAAAGACCUGGAAGCUUGCCGUCCAGAAAGAAAGGAGGCCAAGAAAGCUCCAUCGGCAACAAAGCACUUGGAUGAUUAUCCUGCUCUUAAAAAACCUCAGCUUCUGGCAUGGGAAUUAGAGUGUGAAAUAGGGCUAUCAAAUAUGAAAAUAAAAGAGAAUUGGAUUACAGCUCUACCAAAAUUGAUCGAUUACUUUUCUCGAUUAGAUACCAAUAUUAAUGCACUUGCACAGGAUCAUCUGACCAUUUUAAUUCUAUUAAAAGUAACGGACCAUUUCAAACUAAAAAGGCUGAAAAAAGACAGCCAUACUGGACAUAUUGUGCAGAUCUACCCCAUACGAUCUGGAACAACGAUAUCACAAACACAGCCCAAAGCGGACGAACCACAACGUCUUAUAGGGAUUGGAAAUUUGGAAAUGGCAAACCGGACAUAUUCGCUAUAUGUCAACGAAGAAGCCAUUUUCUGUGGUUCAGCAAUCGAAGCUUUGAUUUAG